AUGCCCCGACCGAACAACGAACACCUCGAGAAAGCACUUGCCAAAGAUCCACCAACUCCACCGGCUUUACCAACACUACCACCACCGCCACCGAAUCCGCCUGCGUUGCCCGAGCAACAGAAACGGAAUCGCGAUGAUCGAGCUCCGGAGAAUCGUGCUCCUAAGGCGCGAAAACGUAUCAACAUGAUAAUGGGGGCCAUCGAAGCUUGCAGUUAUUUCGUUCGAGCCAUCAAAGAAUACAGCAAACAAGCCACUAGCACACCAAAAACCCCACAGGAUCCUCCGAAGGGAGCGCCCCUGGUCUUUACCGAGGCUGACACAAUCGGAAUUCACAAACCGCAUAAUGACGCUCUCGUUGUCGAUCUGCUCCUCGACGACGUCGAAGUUAGCCGCAUUCUGAUCGAUACUGGCAGUUCGGUCAACGUUAUCUUCAAGGAAGCACUUGACCAGCUUGAGUUGGCGCCAGAUAGGAUUGAUCCGUUCAUCGAGCCACUCACCGGAUUUGAUGGAGAGCGUUGUAUGACGAUCGGCACUGUCAAAAUCCCAAUCUACGUCGGCGGAAUCGCAAAGAUGAUCCAGUUCCUUAUCCUCGACAAACCGGCGAUCUACAACGCUAUUCUCGGUACGCCAUGGCUGCACGCAAUGAAAGCGGUCGCUUCGACGUACCAUCAAUGCUUGAAGUUCCCGACCCCGGACGGUGUGUACACACUCCGUGGAGACCAAGCUGUUGCUCGAUCGUGCUACAUAAAUGAGUGCAGACUCCACUCGGCCAACCAAGCUUGCGUCAUUAAUUCGUUCGGACCAACUGACAAGCUCAUCGUCCAAAAGACAAAGCCUAAGCAGGAAUCAAUCGUUCAAGUUAGCAUUGACGAACUCAGGCCAGAGCGUCAAGUUGGAAUUGGUGCCGAGCUCGACCCAAUCAUCCGUGAACCACUCAUUCGUUUCCUGAAACAGCAUACCUCAACCUUCGCUUGGUCGGUAGAAGACAUGCCCGGGAUUGACCCGCAGAUCGCGUGCCACGAGCUCAAUAUCGAUCCGACAUACAAGCCUAUCAAACAGAAACGCCGAAAGCUCGGGCCAGAGAAAGCGCAAGCCGUGAAUGACGAGGUCGAGCGCUUACUCAAAGCUGGAUCUAUCACCGAAGUUAAGUAUCCAGAUUGGUUGGCAAACCCUGUGGUCGUGAAAAAGAAGAACGGUAAAUGGAGAAUUUGCGUCGACUUCACCGACCUCAAUAAAGCGUGUCCGAAAGAUAGUUUUCCAUUACCUCAUAUCGAUCGCCUUGUGGAAGCGACUGCCGGAAACGAACUACUCUCAUUCAUGGAUGCGUUCUCCGGAUACAAUCAGAUUCUCAUGCAUCCGCAGGACCGAGAGAAGACAUCCUUCAUCACGGAUCGUGGCAUCUAUUGCUACAAGGUCAUGCCAUUCGGCCUGAAGAAUGCUGGAGCAACGUACCAACGACUGGUAAACCGGAUGUUCGCGAGCCAGCUCGGACGAACUAUGGAAGUCUACAUCGACGAUAUGCUCGUGAAGUCACUCAUCGCUUCCGAGCACGUCGGCCAUCUUCGCACAUGCUUUGAUAUCUUGAACCAAUAUGGUAUGAAGCUUAACCCAACUAAGUGUACGUUCGGCGUAACAUCUGGAGAAUUCCUCGGAUAUAUCGUCACACGGCGAGGCAUCAAAGCUAAUCCAAAGCAGAUCGCUGCUAUUCUCGAGCUCCCCUCGCCGACAACCAAACGCGAAGUUCAGCGACUUACCGGACGUAUUGCAGCGCUUAACAGAUUCAUAUCUAGAUCAACGGACAAGUGCUUGCCCUUUUACCAACUUCUCCGCGGUAACAAGCACCUCGAAUGGAACGAGAAGUGUGAAGAAGCCUUCGCCGAGCUAAAGGAAUAUCUGUCCACUCCGCCAGUCCUGACCAAACCAGAAACCGGCGAGACACUUUAUCUUUACAUUGCGAUUUCGGAGUUCGCAGUUAGCAGCGUUCUUGUUCGAGAAGAUCGCGGCGAACAAAAACCAAUUUUCUACACAAGCAAGUCCCUCGACGGAUCGGAGUAUCGUUAUCCGACUUUGGAAAAGUUCGCCUUCGCCGUGGUUAUUUCUGCACGGAAACUGCGCCCGUACUUCCAGUCUCAUGCAAUCGUGAACGGCAACGAAGUCUCAGGUCCUAGCAGACUUCUUGGUCGAACUCCCACCGGAGCUCGUCGACGAUAA